UUGUUUAUCUUCGCGGGAACACGGAUUUCGGAGACAGCGGUCAGUUACCUUACGACUGAUCAAAUUCUUGCAGUUGAUGACAUAUUAACUUGCGAAUCGGAUCCAAGCAAAUCAACUGUUUUACAAAUUACUGGAAGGGAUCUGUCCUCUCGACACGCGAAUUUUAACUUCGCCAGAGUAACUUUGGCUCAUUCAGUCAGUGCUCAAUCCGCUGAGACGGUGUCUCUACGUAGCCCUAUAUCAUCGAGGUCCCGCAGACCGGUAUCGGUGGUCGUUGGAGAUGAAAGUUCCUUAAAAAGUGUCAAUCGAAAACGCGCUCAUGUUCGCUCCCUCUCACUGGAGUUUGAUGACGCAACUAAGGCCACGCAGUUCUGCACUGAGUUGACUCUCCAAGUGUCCCUCCACUCGUCGUCUUCCCCAUCCACCGCAUAUUCAGAGAAUUGGUUGGACAAGUACCGAAUGGACAUUACUCGAAAGUACGCUCAAGUUGCCCUAGAUUCUAGUCUACCUGUUCAUGGAAUCCAGAGUUCAAAUGAUAUCGCAAACAAAGCCGGCGACAGUGUCUCAGUCUCGCCGGACUCUUUCACUCCUUCCACCUCCUCCGAAAGCCUGUACGACGACGAAAAUGCGGGCCAUUUACCUCAAAAACUGCAGCAACAACACCAGAGGGCUGUGUCGGUGCCAUCCUUGGAUCGUAUUGCUGAGAGAGACGGUGGAGGGGAGACGGUGGACCAGGGUCAGGAGGCGUUGGCAGAGGAGGUUGUUCACUGGGAGACGGGCGACUGUUCGCUAGACGAGACCUCGACUGCUCUCAUGACUGCAGCUGCGAAAUUCGCUCUCGGUGCAAGGGCGGCGCCACGAAUGUCCGAAAGCCUCUCUGAUCUUACUAAAUGUGCAAUUACAGGACUCCCUGUGGGCAAGGAGAUUUAUCAAAAAGACAGGCGGUGCACGACUGUCAACUUCAUGCCAGAUCCUGCCUAUCGAUCGCGAUUGAACGCGGACUUAAUUGUGCGCAAUAAGCUAGAAGAGGAUGAGGCCUCGUACUGCUCCUGGAAGACGCUUUCCCUGUUUGUCGGCACGUGGAAUGUCAAUGGGCGCCAGGAUCCCUUUUUGAACUUGGAUUCGUGGAUUCACCCACCCCCCGGCCAAGCACCUGCUGAUAUUUACGUAUUUGGGUUCCAGGAACUCGACCUGAAUUUGGCCGGCAUGGCGCUGAACAAGCAGACGGCAUCGCCAGUCGAGGCCAAGUGGCUCUGGUUGCUGGAGACGUCGAUGGGAGGUUUGCUAAAACAAUCAACUCUGCUUCCCCCCAAGUCAGCACCGUUUCGCCCCUCUGGUCGGCUGUCCAGAGGCACUUGCGGUGGCUAUAAACGCCUCUCAAUUGUUCGACUCGCGGGCCUUCUCCUCGUCGUGUACGUCUCCAGUCGGCUGUACCAACGGGCAGCUGUCUCAGAGGUCUCCGUCCAGUCUGUACCCACGGGCAUGUUUAAUGUCAUGGGUAACAAAGGAGCUGUCGGACUGCGUCUCACCGUCUACAACCACUCCCUGUGCUUCGUGAACUGUCACCUAGCUGCCGGGUCGGCGAAUUGUGAACGGCGAAACCAGGACUACGGGGAGAUUUGUCGCAAAAUGAUGUUUGAACGCAACUCCCUCCUUGAGGAGCUGCAGUUCCUUCGAAUCAAUGACCAUGACCAAGUCUUUCUGUUUGGUGAUCUAAAUUAUCGAAUUACGGGGCUGGACGCAUCUGCUACCUUAUCGGCGAUAUCUCGAAACAAUUUCACGUUCCUUCUUGACUACGAUGAACUUUUGGCUCAACGCAAGCUGGGUCGCACGUUGCAGGGGUUCAGCGAAGGCAAAAUCGCAUUCGCACCGACUUACAAAUUCGAACUCCUCACGGAUAAUUAUUUCACCGCUGAUGGUCGUGUUCCGUCUUACUGCGAUAGAAUCCUCUGGAAAGGCAAAUUUGUGGAACAACUCCAGCUCGAUUUUCUAAUGAUGCUUUUCCCCCGGCUAUUGCCUCACUGUUUCUUUUUCAAAUUAUACGACAUAAAGGUGCGUUGCGUGGACCAGCAACUGUUCACAAAGGCCUACGAGGCGGUGAUUCGCAGUCAGGACCUCUUCUACAACAUGCUUUUGCCUCAGGCUAGCCUCACUUCGCAAGAAGUGGAGUUUGGACCGGUGCGCUUCGAGGACAUUCGCCAGCAGUCCAUCGUCCUCACCAAUACCGGCCACUCGGCGCUGGAAUUUAAGUUCACACAGGAGGGCGCUGCGGCAUUCCCGCCUUGGCUUCAUGUCGCGCCCCCUCACGCCAGGGUCGAGAAAGGUGCCUCCUGUGAAAUUACCUUCGAUGUGUACGUUAAUCCGGACUGUGUGGCGAGCUUGCAAAGCGGUCUCUCCCCUCUUUCCUGCAUAAUCGUCCUCACUCUGGUCGGUGGGAAAGACUACUUCAUCUCAAUAUCGGGCCAAUUCAUUCCCACCUGCUUCGGCCUGCCUCUUUCUCUGUUGCUGCGUCUGCCUGACACUCCUGUCGCCUGCAUUCCUUCCGAUGAACUGAAACAAAUGAUUCGGGACUCUCGAGUGGGCAACUGGCGUGAAGGCGAGCCCAGUGUUGUCCCCCAAGAUCACGGCUGCGUAUUCUUCACCGCAAAGGAAGUUUACCGAAUGGCUGACUUUAUUGCUGCGCGGUUUGACGAGCCGGAUCUCUUCCGACAACCUGAACUUCGCUCUGAUAUUCCAGUUAUUCGCGAUACUUUGGAUACAACGACCCAUGAAGUCCCCAUCCCUGAAACUGUGAGUGUACAUUCAGUGGUGUACUGCCUUCUGGUUUUCCUCAGUGCCCUACCGGAGCCAGUCAUUCCCUACGCCUUCCAACAAGCCUGCAUCGCCUCGGUACAGCCAACCAACAAUGCCAACGAUCUUUCCGCCUACCAGGCCAUUUCAAAACUGCCAAUCGACUACCAAAAUAUCUUCUUCUACCUUGUGUCCUUCAUCAGACAGUGUCUCUCUCACGGAGAUAAAAACGGAACAAACGUCAAUAUGCUAGCCUCAACGUUUGCCGACAUAAUCCUCCGCGACCCCCCUUUCAUUUCUUCCCCUUCAAUGGCCCCAGUCAGUCGGAACACUUCCAGGGCCACUAAUCGAAACCAGUUAGGGGCGCUGAAUCGGCAGGAGUUGAAAGUCGCGUUUCUUCAAAUCUUCAUCACCAGUGAUACCGAAGACGUCAUUCGGAGGAUUAACCAGACCGAAUGUGUAGCGUAG